CAAUUUCGUCGUUGGAAAACUAAUUAAGGAUGCCCAGUGGUACAAAAGCAUUGAUUCAUAAACGCAAGGCAAAAAGUCAAAAGUACAUAAACGAAUUGUUCGCAAUUCCCGGCGUAAAAAAAUUGGUUUUGACCGAAGAAGGACAGAAUGCGAUAUUUUGCAUCGUCGGACAGGACAUAACUUCCGAGGAUCCUUGGAAGUAUGUGGAAAAAGUCGACAUCACUGACGACAUCGAGAUACAAGGCGACGGAUCCGAGUGGUUCCCCUUGGCCCCGUUCAUAGUCAAUUAUCCCUUGGAGAAAGUUUUGAUAUGGUAUUUGGCUGACGAAACGAAAGAUUACGACGAGUUCGCGAUAUGCGUGACCGUAGAGGCGGAGGAGAAAGUCAGGGCGAUGAUUCAGAAACGAAAAGAGGAUCAGGAGGCGAGACUGUUGAGUUCGGUCAUGAAAACGGUUCGACCUUGGGAAACUUUGGGUUCCGAAAUGGAAAUGGAGGAGUGGUCCGAGCGCAAAAGCAGGAGCUUGUUGGUUGUGGAACUGGAAGGAAAGUAUCCGGUGAGGAAGUUGGUGACGAGACUGAGGAUGAGGAAAAGUGAACAGUGCAGAGACGGCUACGUGGAGUUGAUCUCGGCCAUCGAUCCAAGCACUUCGAUGAUCGUUAAACGGAGGAUCGACAAAGAUUCGCAAAUCGCUCCCAUUCAAAAGUCAACGGAGGUGCAGACAAUGCACGCGAUAUUGAAACGAAACAACUCCACCCAGUACAACAUCGACUUCAUGCAGCACUGUCCGAUAACCGAUUCGAUAACGGCGAGAAUGAAAAUUUUCAACGAGAAGAAGAGAACGGAUGCGAUUUUGGAGAAUCUGCACGUGAACAUCAACAUCAACUUGUACAUCGACGAUUUCGAUCAGCUGGUGAAAAAGGUGGCCAGCUCCGAUUACAUGGAGGCGAAAUACCACGAAUACAUGAACAUAUUCGAUUGCACGUUGUUCAAGGAUAAGAUGGUGUCGACGAUUGCGUGGCACGAAAUGUGGUCGGGUAUCGUGGCCGUUGCUUAUGCCAAAGUCGCCUACAGACUGAGACUGGAAACCGUGGCCGAAGACGACGAGGUCGCCAGCAUCGUCUACGGAAACCACACCAUCGGAAUUUAUACGGUCGAGGACUCGAUCAAGCCGCGAUUGUUGUGCGCUGCACCCAGGGAAGUGACCAGGCUGGCGUUCUGCCCCUACGACGCGAACCUGUUGGUGGGAGGAUUGAGGAACGGACAGAUCAUCAUUUGGGACCUGACCGGAAAACUGGAGGCGGUCGAAACGCCCGACGUAACUUCCGACCGCCAGAAGAUGUACAAGAAGUUGAUGUGGUCGAUGUUGGAUUGGAUCAAGAACGUGCACGACAUUUCGUUCAUCCAACCGGCCGCCCUCUCCGAUCCCAAGUUCUCGCACCACAGUCCGAUUACUUAUCUGCGCUUCACGACGAGCAACCACAAGAUCAACAAUCUGGGCAAGAUCGAGUACUGCGGCGCAGUCCCGUACCAGUUCAUGUCGGCGGCCAAGCACGGCACCUUGUUGGUCUGGGACUUGCUGGCCAAGCCGAAGUUCCUCAAAGGCGGUUUUAAGCCGAGAAAGUUCAGACGACUGAGCAAAAAACCGAGUUCGUUGAUUUCGGAGGAGUCGUGCUACAAGGAGCUGCACCUGAAUCUGAAGCCGGUCUACAAGGUCUCGUUGCCGAACGCAAUGAAAUCCGUUUUGGGCAUGAGUCUGACGACGAACAUAAACGACAAUCUCAUCUACGUUUCGCACGCCAGAAAGAAAACGUUCGAGGAACGCGUCAUUUACGACGUGCAAAUACGCGACGACGCCAUGACCAAACCGUUGAUAUUCAUGGGAGGUCUCACCGGUGAGUUUUUGACGUUCACGUGGGACGGGCAGGACUUCAACACGGGCGAAGAGGUGACGUCGGAACACGCGAAGGUCGCGAGGAUACAUGCGGGUUACCACGACGGGCCCGUGGUCAAGGUGUCUUUCACCAGGCGGUUGGCCAUCACGCUGACGAUCGGAGGAUCGAUUUUCGCCUUGUGGCACUCCGACUACAAGGACGGGCCGGUCCUGUGGCGACGAAUGGACGAAGUGUUGGGCUGGGGCACUUGGGACAAAGAAACCAAGACGCGUUUCAACGUGGUCAGCGAGAACGGCAAGGUGUACUCGUGGUCGCUGUACAGAGACUCUCAGCAUCCGAUUUUUACCAAUCAGCUGGGCAACAGUCCGAUGACCGCUUGCAAAAUGCACCCGAGAGAUUUGGACGUGCCCGCCUUCAACAUGGGCGACGCCAAGGGCUUCAUUCGCAUCUUCCUGCAGCCGUGGAAGUCGCCCGUGCCCCGGGAAGUGGAGCAGGCCAAAAUGUCCGAGUUCAUGAAUCGGGAAGUGAGAGCGAGGAAGGCGUUCAAAAAUUGGCAGGACGAGUGGAGAAGUCGGUACACCACCAAGAUGAGUGCGACUCUAGCCGAGGCAAAGGUCAUCGAGGAGGAGGACACCAAAGGAGGAGCGGAACAGAAGGAGGCGCCCGCCGAAGUCGAGUUCGAAGAGAAGAAGAAACCGGAGAUACCGCUGUGGGACAAGAUGAAGGCGCAGUGGGUGAAGAUGCAGCAAGAACGCAUCGCCGAAACUGCGAGAUUUCGCAAGCAGACGGACAAAGGAAAGCUGGAGCAGAUGCGGAAACCUCUGCAAAUUGUGGAACAGGAAAACGCUCGCAAAAGGGAGAAGCAAAAGAUCGCGCACAGUGGAGCGCAAAAACUGUUCGAAGAAACGGUGAAAAUCUACUUUCCCAACUACAGGAAGCACGUCACGUCCGACUUGUACGAUCCCUAUUCGGAAGUCUAUUCGAGCGACACGCUGGACACGGCUUACAAAGGUUACGUGGACCUGAGCAAAAAGGCCAACAAGUUCCUGAAGGAAAAUCCAUUUCAGUAUCGCUUUCACUGGAUGAACAUAGUGUCGUUGCAGAGCGCACGGGCCGCCAAAUAUCAGGAGAUCAGACCGCUCGAAGGAAUCGAAUACGAGACCAGCUUGCACAGCACCGAAUCAUCCAAAUCUGACGUCAGCACGCUUUACGAUUACGAUUAACAUAAGAGAAAUUCUUCAAUAGUUUAUUAAAAAUUACAUAUACGUACAUACUGUACUAUACUGAAAACAAACCAACAACAUGUUUUAAUAUAAAUAUAUCUCGAAA